AUGGCCACCUUCCUUGCACUCCUCACCCUAAGCCUGUCCCUUUUCCAUCUCCCGGCGAGGGGGUCACCACCGGGCCCGGUAAUCAAUUGCACGUCCGGCCACAUCAACUGCACCGUGACCAAUGCCUACGGCGCUUUCCCCGACCGCAGCACCUGCCUCGUUGCUGCCGUCACCUACCCCACCAAUGAACGGGAGCUCCUCCUGGCCGUCUCCAAUGCCUCGUUUGCAAAGCAGCACAUGAAGGCGGUCAGCGCCUACGCCCACAGCAUCCCCAAGCUGUCGUGCCCCGGCGGGCCGAGCGGCGCAGGGCUGGCAAUCAGCACCUUGCGCCUGAACAAGUCGGUGCACGUGGACUUGGCCAGCUCGCGCAUGACAGUGGAGGCCGGGAUCACUCUGCGGGCGCUGCUGGACGUGGCGGCCGCCAACGGCCUUGCGUUGCCCCACUCGCCGUACUGGGAAGGGGUGACGCUGGGGGGCCUGCUCGGGACCGGCUCGCACGGGAGCUCGGUGUUCGGCAAGGGCUCGGCGGUGCAUGAGUACGUCGUCGGAAUGAGGCUGGUGGUGCCAAGCUCGGUGCAGAUCAACGGGCUCUACGCAAUGGUCGUCAGCCUCGGAGAGGAUGAUCCUGACCUCUUGGCUGCCAAGGUUUCUCUGGGUGUGCUUGGAGUUGUUUCUCAGGUCACUCUCCAGCUGGAACCCAUGUUCAAGCGCUCCGUCACCAACAGGGUCCGAAGAGACGACGCUUUUGAGCAGACCAUCGCCUCAUUUGCCUCCACUACGCAAUACGGCGAUAUUAUUUGGUACCCCUCACAAGCUAUCGUUAUCUACAGGGACGACGUCAAACUUCCCAUCAACGCUACUGGGAAAGGCGAGAACGAUUUCUUAGGGUUCCGACCGCAAGCCAGGCUUGUCAUAAAGUCCACCCGUGCUUUAGAGGAAUUAGCCGAGGCAAGGGAGGAUGCCAAUGGAAGAUGCUUGCUAGCUAGAACGCAAGUGAUCAGUUUACUCCUCCUUGGCAUGGGCCUUAAGAACAAUGAUGGCAGUAUCGUAGAUUUCACGGGCUAUCCAGUCAUCGGAAAUCAAAGUGACAUGCAAUCCUCGGGGUCAUGCCUGAGAAGCCCGGAGGACAACGUCCAGACAGCCUGCGGAUGGGACCCUCGAAUUCCAGGAAUCUUCUAUCACCAAACUACAGUGAGCAUACCCUUCACCAGCAUCGCCAGCUUCAUCGGCGAUGUAAAGAAGCUCCGCGACGCCAACCCCGAAGCUCUCUGUGGCACGGAGCUGUAUCUCGGCUUCCUCAUGCGCUUCGUCCGUAACUCCACAGCCUUCCUCGGCAAAAUAGAAGACUCGGUCGACAUAGACAUGACCUACUACCGCUCCCGUGACCCGGAACAGCCCCGGCUAUUCGAGGAUGUGCUCGAAGAGAUCGAGCAGAUGGCGUUGUUCAAGUACAACGGGUUGCCACACUGGGGCAAGAACAGAAACAUUGGCUUUUUGAAGGUGAGGGAGAAGCUGGGAGCCAAAGGGGACAAGUUUGGGAGCGUGAUGGAGAAGUACGACCAGGAGGGUUUGUUCUCGUCGGACUGGACGGAUGCCGUGUUGGGGCUAAGAGGGAAAGAGGUGGUGACCUCGGGGAAGGGCUGUGCUUUGGAGGGGCUGUGCAUCUGCUCCGUUGAUAACCACUGCGCACCAGAGAAGGGGUACUACUGCAGGCCGGGCCACGUCUAUGAAGAAGCUCGAGUGUGCCGGAAGAUCCAAACAGCUGAGGAGCUACAAAAGAGGAACGAUGUCGGCCAAAAUAUGAUGUCAAAUGUUGCACGAUGA